AUGCCGACCCUCCGCCACUGCGAGAGCGCCGACGACCUCCACGGCAGCGUCAAGAUCGGCUACGAGGUCCACAACGGCGACGCCGCGGCGUCGUGGGUCGUCUUCGUCGCCGGCGUCGCGGCCCCGCGGGGCAUGUGGGACCGCCAGGUCGCGGCCCUCGCGCCGACGACGGGCGCCGUCACCGUCGACAACCGCGGCAUCGGCGACAGCGACGUGCCGGCCGGCGGCUACUCGACCGAGGCCAUGGCCGCGGACGUCCUGACCGUCGUCGCCGACGUCGUGCCCGCGGGCGCGGCCGUCCACGUCGUCGGCCACAGCCUCGGCGCCAUGAUCUCCUGCAAGGUCGCCGGCGUCCUCGCCGCGGAGAAGCGCCUCGCGUCGCUGACCUUGCUCUCGGGCUCGCUCGGCGGCUGGUUCAACAUGAUCCCGCCGAUCACGGCCAAGCUCUUCCGCACGCUGCCCAAGCUCGCGACGGCGUCGACGGCCCACCGCCGCGCGGACGCGGACCUCGACUGCCACUACACGGACGCGUACGUCGCCGAGCACCGCGACGACCUCAUGGACGAGUACGUCACCCUCUCCAACAGCCAGAAACGCUUCGACGAGGGCCGCCAGCGCGCCAAGACCGGCGAGGACGGCCACCUCGCCGCCGUCUUCAAGCACAGGGUCACGGCCGCGGACCUCGCGGCCGUCCGCGACUCCGGCGCGCGCGUCGUCGUCGCGCACGGCCGCCACGACUUCGUCGCCGGCGUCUCCGCGGGCGAGACGCUCUGGCGCGCCUUCAAGGACGCCGGUUGCGCCGUCGCCGACUACCACGUGCUCCACGGCGCCCACUUCAUCCAGCGCGAGCGCGAAAUCGAGAUCAACGGCCUCGUCAACGCGCAAGUCGCGGGCGGGGCCAUCGACGCGCCCCCGGUCGCCGCGGAGGCGCCGCCGAACUUCGGCUGCUACGCCGCCCUCUUCUUCCUCGCGUGCCUCGCCGUGCUCCUCGUCCUCGCCUUCUCGACGGACGCGCUCCCGAAGCCCCGGAGCCUCCAGGAGAUCCCGGAGUUCCUCGCGUCCGACGCGAACGCGACCUGGGCCGCCCUCUGGAACCAGACCGACGAGGCCGACGAACUACCCGAGGUCGGAGCAAGCGAAAAUAUUCGCACGAUGUGGCAGCCCUCGGGCUGCCUGGUCCUCCUCCUCGCCACCGCGGCGCUCGGCGGCCGCAUCGCCGACGACGCCGCCUACGUCGCGGCCUGGGCGACGCCCGGCAACGUCGCGCGCUGCGGCGACGCGGGCGCGGCGGACUGCGGCUGGCUCGCCGGCUUCGGCGCCAUCGACGUGGGCUGCACCUUCGACGUCGUGCUCGGCCUCCGGGCCAACGGCACGGCGCCGCGGCCGCCGACGCUGGUCCUCACGCUCGCGUCCGGCGAGGUGGUGGAAAUCGCCGCCGGCGACGCGGCCGCGGCCGACCGGUUCCGGCGGCGGCCCGCGCUCUGCGCGUACGCGAACUCGCCGCCGUCGGCGGACGUCGCGCUGCUGAGCGUGGCCAACUCGGCGGCCUACCUCUUCCGGCUCUGGCCCCUCUUCCUGAGCCGCCUCCUCUACGCGUCGGACUCGAAGCUGCGGCCGCUCGUGUGGAUCGGCGAGCUGCCCAAGAAGCUGUCGACCGCGGAGCGGCCCGCGUGCCUCGCGAGCGCGCUGGCGCGGUCGGCGCGGCGCCGGACGCUCGAGUCCUUCUACGACGGCGACGAGAAGGCCAUCCGCCACGACGCCACGUCCGUGUCGAACCACUACAUCAAGGUGCCCGCGGCGCUCGCCGCGCUCGCGCGGCCGGACACGGCGGGCCUCUUCUACGUGGACCUCGACGCGGCGGCCGCCUGGCCCUGGGCCGCGACGACGGCGUCGAAGAAGCGGCGGGCCUUCCAGCGGAGCGUCCACGACGUCAACGGCUCCGACGUCGUCUUCGAGCACGCGCGCGGCGCGUUCACGACGUGGUGGCGCGUCCACGGGAGCCGCUUCUACGCGCGGGACGCGCCCUUCGCGCGCGCCUUCCUCCGGCGCUGGUUCGGCAACCGCUGCUCCUUCAAGGACCAGUACAGCCUCUGGCACAGCAUUUUGGAGGAGGCGGACCUCGGCGGCUGCGUGCGCUACGGCGGCGAGCUCUGGCGCGACCUGACCUACAACGAGGCGAAGCAGACCACGCCGGCGGAGCUGGCGGCCAGGUACCCGGAGCUCGCGCUGUCGUGCCGCUCCAUGGAGGACGCGUGCCCGCAAUGGCGCUACUGCUCCGAGCACGGCGCGAACCCGCCGCUCGUCGACGCGCUCGCCCACGCGUCCAUCCCGGACCGGCGCGCGGCGCUCCGCAAGUUCCACUACCGGGACGCGGCGGGCACGCGGAAGGUCCUCGACGUCGAGGCCGCGGUCGUCGUCUUCGAGAACGACCGGCCCACGCUCGGCGUGCUCGACGCGGCGCCGUCGACGAACGGCGAGCUCCUCGCGGACCUCGGCAUCGACGCGCGCGACGUCGCCGUCACUUCUUUCCUGUGGCAUUAUUCGGCGAAUCGAGGUGAGAGAAUGGGCUCUCCGUUCGAGGCCUUCGGCUGGGGCGAGGCGAUGCUGCGCUACGCCCCGACGACGGCGUCGCCCUUCGACGGCGAGACCAAGCCCUCGAGCGCGUCCCUCUGGCUGCGCACCGUCGGCGGCGAUGAACUCAAUGUCAUGGUCGCCCUCGCGAGGCUCGGCCGGUCCUGCGGCUGGAGCAGCGUGCUUCCGGAGAGCCGCACGGGCACGGUGCCCGUCAUGUGCGCCGAAGACGCGGGCGUCGACGCGUCCAAGGUCGUCGUCGCGCCGGGCGCGCUCAUGGGCUGCUUCCACGUGCUGCCGGACGAGCGCCGCGUCCACUACGAGCGCGCCGGGUCGGCGUUCGCGAAGGCCGACGAGGCCGCGCUCCUCGCCUGCGUCGGCGGCGCGACGUGCGCGUGGCGCCACGCGACGGGCAUCACGCCGCUGCUGAGCGCCGCGGCGCGGGCGGCCUGGCUCAAGGACCUCGGGGGCCUGGCGGGCACCAAGGUCUUCCUCGACCUCAACUGGCGGCCGGCCCUGGGCACGCUCGAGGAUCUCUGGCACGCGGCCGUCGCGAAGGCGCUGGGCGACGAGGCCUGCGCCGUCGACACGCUCGUCGUGUCGCUGACGCAGCUGCGCCUCGUCGCGAAGCUCGUCGGCGUCGCGGACGUGCCCGAGGCCAUGUCGGCCUUCGAGCAGCGCGACGGCCACAGCGCGCUGGGCCGCGGCGGCGCCGCGGCCGGCGCCGUCGUCCCGGAGACGGACGCGUGCUGGCCCACGCUCCUCGCGGACGCGCGCGAAAAGCUCGCGGCGACGUACGCGGGCGCGGAAAAGCUCAAGCUCGCGUGCUGCUUCAAGACGCGCGACGCGGCCACGGGGCUGCAGAAGCGCUGGUCCGUGCUGGCGUCGGCGACGGGCCUGGCGACGACGUUCGACUGCCCCGUGCUCCACACGCCCAAGGACGAGUGCGGCGGCGGCUCCGCGUGGGCCGCGGGCUACGUGGACGCGCGGCUCGACGGCCUCGCCGACGCCGACGCCCUGCGGCGCGCGGACCUCCUCGCGGCCCUCUGCCAGGAGUCCCAGGGCGACCACAGCGACGUGCCGCGCGCGGCGCUCGAGGCCUACGAGCGCCGCUACGCGCGCGAGCCGACGAGCCCGCGGCUCGUGCCCUGCCCCUCGCUCGGCGCGGGCGCCGCGCCGCCGCCGCCGCCGCCGACGCCGCCGGCGGCGGCGCCCGCAUCCAACGCGGCCCUCGACGGCGCGCUCGCGACCGUGGCGCGGGGCAAGGUCGUCGCGAUCCUCCGGGCCAAGAACGCGGACGCGGCCAUCGCGCGGGGCGUCGAGCUCGCGAACCUCGGCUGCUCGGCGCUCGAGGUCACGCUCGACAGCGUCGAGUUCGAGCGCGUGCUCUCGACGCUCGUCGCGCGCGUCGGCGACUUCUGCUGCGUCGGCGUCGGCACGGUCCAGGACGCGGCCGACGUGCCGCGCGUCGCGGCUUUGGGCGCAAAGUUCGCGCUGAGCCCCUUCAACCCGCCGGGCAUGAUCCAGUGUCCAGCGACAGGAGUGUAUUUUUCGCAUAUUUCACGCCCAGAAAGCCGAAGCACUCAACCCUGUCGGUCUUGGUAG